AUGGUGUAUGGCACCUUCAUCGGGCAUAAUAACGCGGGUAAAUUUAUCGCAGGGGCUAUCCUCCACCGGAGCUGGGAAUCGUUGUGUGUGCUAGAACAUCCAUGGCGGCUAUGUCCUCCUCGUGAACAGGGUAAUGGGUUCUCACCGAUGCGGAUAGAUAGGGGUACACAGCUUGUGGUCAGCACUAACAAAGAUGAGGGUGUAGUAUGGGAGUUUAUUCGGGUCGAAGAUGAGGCUGCUAUCUGA